AUCCCCAUCGCCGACGCGUUUCGAGACAAAGCAUUAUGCUCCAACUAGGUAACCGGCAUCGAUAUAUAUCACCUACAAUCUCCGCAUGGAGCAUCUGUAUACAUAUAUUUAUGGGCAAACGGGUGCAGUAGCGAUACGAAAAUAAAUGCCGCUUAUGCUCAGCGGGAGCCCAACCCAUCGCGGUACACUGGUCGAUCGAUCGGGCACUGACUUUUAAAUCAGUUCCCUCAAACUAAUCCACCAGCUGGUGAUGUUCAGUUCAGUACCGUGCGCUAACCGUGUGGACAUGGUCGUACAGUGCAGUUUUGUGUAGUGUCUGAUAAAAUGAUGCAAUUGCAAUCAAAUCUAGUGACGGAUUGUGUGGAGUUUUUAAAAAAUAUUAGAAGAUAUCUGCGUGAGUGUGACGGAUCAUGUCGGGAAGUUGUGCCAGAAUUUGUCCAGCACAAUGAGCAGGAAGAUGAUCAAACGUAUUUAAAUGUUUACCAAAAGAAGCUCGACUCGGAUGGCGAUCGAGACCUGCUGAUCACACAAUGUGAGGCAUUGCUGGAGAGAUUUGAAAAAUCGUUCAAUUGUAACAGUUUGUUGAAGGAAAUUGAUGUUAACGAACCAGUAGCAGUGCAUCAAGAGCUCGUGGAUGAUGAGGAAAAUUCGUAUCUGGAUAUGAGUGGAACGAACACGCUUAAAGCAAACGCCAGCAGCUCGUCUAAUGUGAGCAUCGGCGACAUCAAGGAGGAGUGUGCCGUAUACGAACACGAUGAACCAAUUGAGGAUGAAAUAUUGUUUGAAACGGCGCAAGAAAACUCGUACGAUCUCACCACGGAUCAGAUUCUGUACGAUGAGUGCCUGCAGGAGGUCAGCUACGAGCAGGAACAAGCACCAGCAGCCACUGCCAGACGUACUCCUACGCCGGAAAAUGCUCUCCACGAAAGUCAAUGCCCUUUCGGUGGGUUGCCGGCGUCCCAUUUGCGUUUGCAGCAGUCACCCAAGCACGGUACGCUGUUUAAGCAAGAAAAGCGUCUGUUUUUCGACCAGUUCAAGAAGUACUACGUUGGAUUGAUCGGAAAGUGGCUGCUGGUGUACAACAGCCACAACGAUCUCAAGCCCUGGCAAACGAUAUUUAUCAAGUGUAUCAAGCUGGAUCUGAAUCUGAACGAGCAGAUCAACGAGAAACACCUGUUUCAGAUCAUUACGCAAACCGACUCGAAGGUACACUUUCUUUCGCCCAGCUUUCAAGAUCUGAACGAAUGGAUCGUAGCGAUCGAGAACAAUCUGAUCGAAAAGGUGGAACGUCCGGAGGAGGGUGGCGCGGUGAUACAAAUUCCUCGCAAAUUGCCCUUACCUCCCACCGACAGUGAUGAAACGGAUUUGCACGUAACGAGUCACGUAGAGGACGGAAUCUACGAAGAACCGUCACUGUGCCUCAAGACGGAAUCGGACACAAAAUCAAAACAUCACGGAUACGACACCCCGAAACCUUGCUGUACUGGUAGCAAUAGGCCAAACGGUUGUAAUGUAUCACCCAACAGCAAGAAGCCCGAUUUGCCAGCGAAAACGUUAGACGCUGCUGUCACAUCCACUGCUACACCUGUGAAGAGUUGGCUAAAGAAUCGAUUCAAUCGAUCGCCACCAGAUCCGACCGACGCCAAACAGGCCGCGAAGAAAGCGCUUAAAAAGCUAUCCUUCGAAGAGCUCUCCGUGCCGGAAGGUAGCGGUGAACAUCCAAAAUCACCCACGAAACAGAUGCCUUCCUCGCCUAAGUUUUCUCUUGCCACUACACCCGCCAGCAAGGGUACAAAAAUAAACAUGAUCAUUAGUCAGCUGGAGGCAAACGGUCAGCUAAAUUUGCUUUCAAAACGAUUAACGGAAACGAACAAAAGGUACACGUGGGUGGCGGAUGGUGUCACUAGUUGAAGGACUGGGGCGUUACAGUUUGGUUAUUAUGAUACAUUUUUUAUAAUUCUUUUUUUUUGAGAUACAAUUACUAUGAAAUGUGAUUUUAGCGCAGAAAUAAAUUGUAAUCGAUGUCAAACACAAGAUCGUGUGCGAGAGUGUGUUUUUUCCGAUGAAAGAUAAUUUGUAGUUAAUCUUUAUUUAUGUAGCAAAUAUAUUUUUACGAUAUUGCAAUCGCUAUUCACCCAAGAAAUGUGCAAAAUUUAGUAUUUCAUUCAACAUG